AUGAUAUUGAUCAAUGAAUCAAUGAUGAUUGAUAUACAUGAUGAUGGAGCAACUGUAAAAAAAUUGUUUGUUGGUGAAAUGAAGGAUGAUAUUGAAGAAGAAGACCUAAAAGAUUAUUUUACAAAGUUUGGUAACAUUAUGUCUGUCAGUGUUGUUUGUGACAAAGAUACUGAAAAAAAGAGAGGAUUUGGAUUUGUGGAAUUUGAAGAUUAUGACUUUGUCGAUAAAGUUAUCUUACAAAGAAGCCACACAAUCAAAGGUAGGAAUGACGAUGUUAAAAAGGCCUUAAGCGGAUUAAUGGAUCGUGUGUCAAAUAGAGGAGGAGAAGGUGGUGGUAUGGGUGAUGACAGGGGUGGAAACUUCAACCAAGGUAAGCAAUGGUUAAUAUUUAAAACAAUUCAAAUAUACACAUACCAAUUUAAACAACUUACAUCAUAUAAUAGGUGGUGGAGGUGGAAACUGGAACCGUGGAGGUGGAGAUUAGAAUCAAGAUGGAUCAGGAGGUUGUGGAGGAGGUUAUGGUGGUGGACCCUAGUCUCAAGGACCAUGUGGUAA